AGACGGAAGAAGACGGACGCACCGUCUACCGUACUGUGCUGCCUCGUCAAUUCCCGCCACAUCGUCAGGCAAGGCACUUUCCAAAAAGACACUUUCAGGCUAUAUUGUCAGGUCAAGACACAUUCCCGCCAUAUCAUGAGGAAAGAGACUUUGGCGACAAGUCACGAAGCAAGGUACCUUCCCGCCAUAUCGUGAGGCAAGACAUUUUCCCGCCAUAUUGUGAGGCAAAACAGUUUCGCACCAUAUCUUGGGGCGAGAAACUUUCCCGCCAUAUCCUGAGGCAAUGACAGUUUCCCGCCAUUUGGUGAGGCAAGACAGUUUCCCGCCAUUUCACGACACACGGGUGGCGGAGGGAAGCUCGUAGAUUGCCGCUGCACUUGCAGCCACUUUCCCGCCAUUCAGCAUGAGAAAGCCGUACUGUGCUUGUGGCCACGUCAGCAGAUGAUUGACUCGCGGUGUUUGACGCCACAUCCACGUUGCUGCCUACGACAACAAGAACCAUGGAGGCUUCGUCUUCAACCUUGAUGAGGGCAGUUAUGCUCUCGUCUGAAACGUUUGCCAUGGCGUGCAACGGGAAUGCUGCAUUGAUGUUGACGUCAUCGCAAAAAGGAUCAGCGAUGAGCUUGUCGUCUUCUGGUGGAGCUGCAGGAGGAGGAGGAGGAGGAAGGAUUCCUAAUCAGGAAGGUUAUUAUGAUAGCCGCAUAAUGUUGAAGGCAUCUCAAUUGCCGCAAUCAACGUCGAGGUCCUCCUUUCUCUCGCAAUCUCUGCGCUGCCACGUGUCCUCCUCCUCCUCCUUCUCCUCCUCCUCCUCCUGCUCCUCCUCCUCCUGCUCCUGCUCCUGGUCCUGCUCCUCAGCAGGAGAGAGGGAUGCACCUUUCCGUAAUAUUAGUAACAUUCAUCUGCUGCCAAGACGGACACGUGAUUGCAGCUUGACAAGGAGCUGCUACUGCCUCUCGCAGUCUCGUGAUAGGUUAGCAGCAGGAUCACGACGAUCGGGAUCUGCUGUCCACGUGGCAGCCCCCCAGGUAUCCCUUCUGCUGCGACGAUCCCGUAGGAGCUUUUCCUCCUCUUUCUCCUCUUUCUCCUCUUUCUCCUCCUCCUUCUCCUCCUCCUCCUCCUCCUGCUGCUUUGCCUUGUGCAAGAAUCUCGACCCGGAGAGGUGGGUGUCGGAUGGCGACGGCGGAGUGAUCGGAAUCCCGACCUCAACGACAGCCGGAGCAGUGAGUAGUUUGUGGAAGGAGGAGGAGGAGGAGGUCGGAAUCCCGACGCAAAUGGAGAUUGACGAAAGACGAGGGGGGGCCAAAGGGAGCAAGUCGGGGAUUCCAGCAGCCGCAGCAGCAGCAGCAGCAGGAGGAGGAGGAGGGUGUUUCGCCGUGAGAGCUGUGCUGCCCCAGCUGGAGAGGGGAGGGCUCUGUCGGGGCCGGGAUCGGCAUCGUCGCGAUCGGGAUCGCGAGCAAGCGAUUCUUCAACGGGGAAGGAGAUGCCUCAAGAAGAGGCGCCUGGGCAAGUGGUGCCGCCCGCUCGGCGCCACCAUGGAUUUCGUGACGAAGGAGGAAGAUGAUGGAGUCGCCAUAGCCAACGAUGACAGCAGUGGUUGGGCCGACGAUGGAGCCGCCAUAGCCAACAACGAGGCCUUCGUCUUCACCAACAUCCCUCGACCGCAAUGGCUGGAGAAUUGGAAGCCGCCGUCGUACCUCUGGAGGGCCUUAGCCGCAUUUGUUGUCGCCGGCCAGGUAUUAAUCCGAAUUUUGCGUGGGCGCGUGCAUGUAAGAAACACCCUUCAGCAGCUGGAAGAAGUCGGGCCGAAGUCGGUUGGUGUCAGUUUGCUGACGGCUUCGUUUGUCGGCAUGGUGUUCACCAUUCAGUUUAUUCGGGAAUUUGCAAGACUAGGUUUGACGAGAUCGGUUGGUGGUGUUCUGGCGCUGGCGCUGGGGAGGGAACUAUCGCCGGUCGUGACAGCUAUCAUCCUCGCUGGACGAGUCGGCAGUGCAUUUGCUGCAGAACUGGGCACCAUGCAGGAGGUGGACAUUAGGUCUUGCUAUGCUGCUUGGACACUGGGUCGACUUCGACUAGACGUUGGCAUUGACGCUGGCACGGCACUGGCGAGACGCUGGCUGUGCGCAGGCACUGUGGACGACGACUACGCGGGCUGUGACGGCAUGCUGGCGCGUUCUGCAUUGUGCGGCAGGCAUUACUGAUGUGGCGCUGCCACCUGUCUUCAAGGCUGAUGUGGUGCAGGCCACUUGUCUACAUUGCAUGCUGAUGUGGCGCUGCCUCUGCUCUACAUUGCAUGCUGAUGUGGUGCUGCCUCUGGUCUACAUUGCAUGCUGAUGUGGCGCUGCCUCUGGUCUACAUCACAUGCUGAUGUGGCGCU